AUGGUUUUCUAGAAAAUGGAUGUANCCUUUCAGAACUUUGUCAAAUCGUAAAAUUUAAUUCAACAGCUUACCAUAAUCAUCGAACAUAUUUAAAAUAACAAAAUUAAAAAGGAUUACAAGGAAUUAGAAAAAUAAUUGUAGAAAUAUGAAUCCGAAGUCAGAGUGCAUAUAAGAGUAAAAUUUACUUAAAUAUCAUAUCAGGAAUCUUACCUCAUGAAUUAAAAGUACGAUGAAAUGAAAAAUUAAAUCAAAUAGUUAGAGUAAGACAGAGAUGAAUUAUUGCAGAAUACAAAAAAAACUCUGAAUGUACUAUUCAUUCGAUAUCUAGUUCUUAGAAACUAAAAAAAGAGAAUGAGGAACUAUAUUAAAAAGUAAAACUCUUGAAGGAAGAACUAAAUUUUUACAAACAAUUUGAAAUAUGUACUCAACAGUCAACCAAAAUUAGCAACACAAAAACUAUAGAAAAACAACACAAACUCAAGGACAAACGAUUUCAUACUAAUAUUACUCCUUAGAAAACUGUCAAUUCAUCUUUUGAUUAUUUAGUUAAUAAACGAUUAAGUUAGUAGAUCGUCCAAAGAAAGAAAAGUGUUUAAAAAUACAUGUCUAGCAAAAGAAAAUCUUGUGCAACUGAUUUAUCUAAAAGUAUGUGA